CUGUCAGAUCAUAGCUUGGAAAAUAUCUGCUGUUUUCUCACGAUCUGUAUUUAACACAAAACAAAAUCAAGUAUGACUUGUUGAUUUCAGAGUGCAAUAGAGGAUCCUGUGAGGAGAAUGGGGGAAAUCUGAGCACAAAUCAAUGAGAGAUGCCAAGUGGCAUGAACUUGCUACAGCGUGCAGAAGAAAGAAUGCAUAAGAAUUAGCUGGAUUUUUAUGAAUUUGGUCUUGACAUCUUUCAGAUUCUGCAGCAAUUAAACAUUGGAAAGAUGCUAUUCUGGAGGAUACCAGUUUUCUAUACCCUUAUGAUUGUCAUAGAAUCUUCCCCGAGUUCUGUGGACUUUAAUUUUGGCUCUCUCACCCAUUCACUUAUUCACAGCAAAGAUGGCAAAGAAGAGAAGAAUGCAGAAAGAGUGCUGCUUAGGCAGAAACGGCAAGCUGCUACACUAGGCAACAUACCUACAGCAUACACCAUUGGUAUUGAGAUAAGCUUUGCAGAAACUUCACCCCAGGAGGCCAUCAGAAGCCAUCUAAAGAACCUGAGCUUUCCCCUUGUGGUAAAUCUCCCAAAUUCAGCUACAAACAUUUCAAGUAUUACUGUUUCCACAGUGUGCAACUCAACUGGCAACAAUAGCGCUCAUUGUUACUGUGAGCCUGGCUAUGGGUGGCCUGCCGAGGCAUGCAACACUAAUGCAGUUUGCCACAAUACUGUUGUAGCACCAGAAGACAACUGCCAUUGUAUUGCACAGCUGCCUCCUCUUGGAACCUAUUGCCAACUUCAAUCUGAAGAUAUUCCUCUCCUAAACAGAGAAAUUAGAAUGUCUGUCCGACUCAACAUAGCCUUUAAGGAUGAUCUUAGAAAUCCGUCCUCUAUGUUACAUAAGCAAUAUAAACAUGAUCUGGAGAAAGCGUUUACUGAGGGCUACAAACGUUUACCUGGCUUCAAAUAUGCAAUUGUUACAGGGUUCAGGCCUGGAAGCAUUGGAGUUACGUAUUCAAUUUUAUAUGAAGGAACAUCAACAGAGCCAAUUAUAAAUGCAAGUACAGAUGUAGCUGCAGCCUUAAAUGCAACCUACAAAAUAGAUAACACUUCGUUUGAAAUACAUUCAGAAGUCAUCAGAGGUCAAACAAAUUUCUCCUUUUCCCCAAAAAACAUUUUCAAAGGGGAUACGGUAAUGAUGAAAUGUGAGUCAAAAUCGGCUUCAACCAAUGUGACGUGGCAUGUUCCAGGCUCCAACAGCACCAGGCAUACUAUAACUAGCGAAAUAGUGAAUGGAAUGGCGGUGUCAAGACUGAAAAUUACAAGCAUUACAUGGAAUGAGGCCGGUAAUUAUAGUUGCACUUUUACAGAAUGGAAUAAUAAGACAUUUGUCAUGUACCAAGCUGAGCAGAAGAUAGAAAUCUCUCCAAUCCAAAUUGUGCCAUCAAACGAUGUUGUGAUUGUGUGCAAUGGGGAAACAAAAGAACUGAGCUGCUGCACGGACAGAGAGAUUGACAUAUUCCAUCCUUACUGGAGACCAAAUGGAGCAAUAAAUAUUUCAGGAACCAUUAAUGACUCUCACAACUGUACUCAAUACCUGCUCCAGGCAAAUGUGACUGACUGCCCAGCAGAAAGGUCUGGGACCACAACAGCAUACACCUGUGAGUUGAGCACUGCCGAAGGUGCUCGCAACAGCAAAGUCAUCAACGUGACCUAUAUAGUGGCAGCACAUGUAAACAUCAUGUCUAGCACCAAUGGAAUAGUUUCUGAGGGACACCCGUUCUCUCUAAGUUGCAAAAGUAAUGUGAACAAUCAUGACGACGUCACUUGGGAAAUCCAGGCUCAAAACAUUACUAGGAACGUGGACAGGAUCUGGUACACCACCACGGAGACUGAAACAGGAGUAGAGUCUGUCCUAACUGUACACAGUGCUAACCAGCGCUGGAAUGGGAUCUACAUUUGCACCUUCUUCCAAAAUGUUGUGAACAGCUCUGCAAACACGAUAAUGAAAGUCUUUCCUCUGCCGCUGAAAAAUGAUAUCAUCAGAAGUCCGGUCGAAGCAGACUUCACUUGUCCAGGGGCUGAGGUUCUGAAGUGCUGCACAAGCAAGAGGGGAAAUUACACAGUGAAGUUCAAUAUCCCACAAAUGAAUAUUAUGGCAGAGAGCAGAGAGAAAGACAACGCCAACUGCUACAACUACACAGUGGUUAAUCACUGCAGUUCUACAGGCCAUGUUUUACAGGCAUACUGUGAGUUCACUAAUGAAAUUGGUAGCAGUGUCCAGAGUUCACCUAUGAUCCUACACAUUGUGUCAGCGAAGGAUGUAAGUUGCAAUUGCUCAGAAAUUGGUGUUGGAAAGAAUGGAACUGUGGUCACAAAGCCUUGCUUGCAACAGGCCAACAACCUUGUCAAAGGAGACAUCACCUAUCUGUGUGACAGUUCAAAAUGGAGAGUUGCUAGAAACAACUGCCUGUCUGUCGAAAUUAAUAACCUUUUCAGUUCUGCUGAGUCCUUGGCGUCCAGUCCUGAUUCAGUGCAGGAGUUGCCUGAAUACCUUAGACGUCUGAAUAGCACUGUGAAGAAGGAACAGCAAGAUAUAAAGAAUUCAACUGCAAACCUGAAAGCUGUUGUUGAGAUCCUGAAUUUGAUUUCAGUCAUACCAGCAGAUGCAAAGCAGGAGACCAUGGAAGAUUUUUUGUCUACAGUGGACACUGUUAUCAGUAGUCCAGCAGGAACCUGGAAAGAUUUUACGAAUGGGAGCUCUCAGUUAUUAGAUUCAGUGGAGAAAUUUGCGAGGUCCCUCCAACCUAUUGACAACAUCAUUCCACCUAUCAGCUAUGACAGCCUCCAGCUCAAAGGUGUAGUCAUUAAUAAAAGCAAUCUUUCUGAUUAUGACAAGAGCUUUUCAUUCUCCAAACCCUCAAGUCUCGGUGGCAGUGUGCUCAUUGAUGAAGCUAAAAUAAGGACCUUGAACUCAAACUCUACCAUCAUUAGCGUGGCUUACUCAGCUCUCAGCCAUAUUAUUCCAUUGAACAAUGAUACAGAUGAACUGGUAGUCAAUGGUUUGGUAAUCUCAACCACAGUGGAUACUCAUAGCAUCUUGGGAGGAGAUUUCCACAUCAAUAUGACAUUUACGAAGAGUGACAGAUCCUUGGAAAAUCCCCGAUGUGUCUUUUGGAAUUUCAGUUUUGCAGGGGAUAAAGGAGGCUGGGAUGAAACUGGCUGUGAAAGCAAAGUCAGUGGGGACAAUGUCAUUUGCUUCUGUAAUCACUUGACUUCAUUCUCCAUUUUGAUGUCUCCCAGGAAUGUGAACUCGGUGUCCUUGGACUAUAUAUCUUAUAUUGGUGUGAGCAUUUCGAUACUGAGCCUGGUAGUCUGCAUUGUGAUAGAAGCUGUUGUGUGGAAACCAGUAACCAAAACAAGAAUCUCCUACAUGCGCCAUGUCUGUAUGCUGAACAUUGCAGUUUCUCUCCUGAUUGCGGACAUCUGGUUCAUUUUUGUUGCAGUAAUACAUGACCAAGGUGCCAGCAUGGAUCCAAAAAUCUGCACAGCCGCAGCAUUUUUCAUUCACUUUUUCUACCUUUGUGUCUUCUUUUGGAUGCUCACCUUGGGCUUUAUGCUCUUCUACCACUUGUUCUUCAUUUUCCAUAAUACAAGCAAGACCAUCAUGAAAGCUGUAGGCUUCUGCUUGGGAUACGGUUGCCCUCUAGUUAUAUCAGUCAUCACAAUAGCCAUCACUUAUCCACAGAAAUCUUACACAAGUUUAACCAAAAACCUCUGCUUACUCAACUGGGAACCUAGCAGAGCUCUCUUGGCUUUAGUAAUUCCUGCUAUAGUCAUUGUUGUUGUUAAUGCUGCUAUUACCAUUGUGGUCAUAGCAAAAAUACGAAGACGAUCCAUUGGGGAAAACUCAAAAAAUGAAGAAAAGAGCUCAUUGUAUCGGAUUGCCAAGAGCAUUUGUGUUCUGACACCACUAUUAGGUCUCACCUGGGGAUUUGGCUUCGCAGUUGUUUUCUCAAAAAGCCCAGACAUAUUCCAUUGGUUAUUUACCAUCCUUAAUUCCUUUCAGGGGUUAUUCAUUCUGUUAUUUGGAACUCUCUGGGACAGGAAGGUUCGUGAGGCCUUUGGGAAUAAGUGUUGCCCAUCCCGGUGGAAUUCACAACAAUCAAAGUCAACAUCCCAAGGCAUGUCAGCAGCUAUGCUUUCCAUCGGAUCUCCUUUCUCAAGAACAUUAAACAACUUGUUUGGCAAAACAGGGAGAUAUGAAGUCUCUUCAACAGAACCAACAUUUUCAACUUCUGAAAGCACUUCAAAAGCAUAUUCUUUACUCUCUUGAGAAUGUUAACCUAUGCACGUUUGAAAGGUCUCUGGGUCUUCUUUGUUUUGUUUUUCCUGAGCAAGCAAUAAUCAGAAAAAGAAUAUGUGAAUAAUGAAACUGUUGCAUUUGCAUAGACUGUAAAGUACUGUGGCAUAUUUGUUUAUUUCUCCAAUGCACCAUCUGAUGUCUGAAAGAUUAAUUUUAAUAAGGCCUUUAUGCUAGAAGAAAUGUAAUCCAGUGCUGUAAGAUGCUGAAUAUACUCCUGUCCCACAGUACUGGUAAACCUUCACUGCACAGUCAUGUUGGUCCCAUCCUUUGAAAGUUGAGGACAAGUGGUUGUGCUUAACCGCUGAUGGCCCUGGAACACGGGGAGGAUACAAAUCCCAAUCACACCAAAGAUGCAUCCAGACCAUUCAAUGAGUUCAAAUAAGCAUUGUUUAUGUGAAACUGCCUUGCUGGAUUGGGGCCUUUUAUGUAUGUUUCCCCCUAACAUUUUAAGUAAUGUCAUCUUGGUGCCCUUUUCAGUCUUGUAAACUAUUGUCUGUACAAACAGAAGCACUUUAUUUUUGCACUAUAGAAGACUUUCCAGUUAUACUGUUUGCUUUACUAAAAUGAAAGAAAAAAAAGUCUCUCUUUUCUGUAUAUAUGUAAAUAUAAAUAUAUAUAUAUAUAUAUAUAUAUACACCAAUAAAUAUUUAUGAUGCCUAAUACAAUCUUUGUGUUUAAACAUAAAAUGUGUCCCACCUUCCA